AUCUACCGUUGUCCAGCAGAGGUCGACAAAAUGUCAGCGUUUCCACUCUUGGCCAUGCGACAGUGUUUCAAGCCAGCAUCAUCCUGCUGAUGAGUGCGCAUGCGCACGACGAUCCCAUUCUUGUGCUGCAGGCAGCAUUCUGGGUGGAGAGAAAAAUACUUUUAGGCCGUCAACGUACAUAAACUACAUUAGCAGCGUAUAUGUGUACAACAACUGAGGCCUUUAAACACAAUAUGGGCUCUCCAGGGCAGAUCCCGGGAAAAAACAUGGAGAUGUAAUCUGGCCUCCAUCAUCAUCCUCCACUGGCUGCCUUGAUUGCUGCUCUCCCAAACCACCGUUUCCAACACUGCAGCUGUGGUUUGGCUAAAAGUGCAAAGCCAAGUAGAAGGCACUAGUAAAGUUUCCCCAGCUGCUGCCCGGACACACAUGGUGCAUAGCUACCAUUCCCAAAGCCCGACUCCAUCGCUCCCCAGGGCACAGCCUCUAGCCUGCUAGUGAGCUAGCAGUUCCCCCAAAAGUAGGACGGUUCUUUUGGAUAAAACUACAAACUUGUCUCUCACAGUUUUUGGGUCACCUAAAAGCAUUCUCAUCAAGUGGUGCCUCUUCAGUUGACGAACAGAGGCAAAGGAAGUGAUAUUUCAAAGCCAGGUUGAUGGAGGCCAACAUGGAGAGCUGCCUGGCCCAUGUUCUGCAGAAAGAUGUAGGCCGACGUCUACAGAUGGGCCAAGAGAUCAUUGACUACAUCUUAGACAAAGACAAGUCUCGUGACCUUGAACAGGAUCAGACUGCCCUUGAUAAGAUGGUUGAUGGCAUUGCAAGCUCAUGGGUCAACUCCAGCAAUUUCAAGGUGGCUCUCCUCGGCUUGGAUCUGCUUUCUGCUUUGGUGACGAGGUUACAGGAGCGGUUCAGGGCCCAGGUGGGAACAGUUCUGCCCAGUCUUAUUGAUCGAUUGGGGGAUGCCAAAGACCAAGUUAGAGAACAAGACCAAGCACUGCUGCUGAAAAUCAUGGAACAAGCUGCAACUCCACAGUUUGUGUGGGAUCGAAUGCUGGGAGGCUUCAAGCAUAAGAACAAUAGGACGAGAGAAGGAGUGUGCCUUUGCCUUAUUGCCACAUUAAAUAUGUAUGGAGCUCAUGGCUUGACACUCAGUAAGAUUGUCCCUCACAUAUGUAACCUGUUGGGGGAUCCCACUAGUCAGGUUCGAGAUGGGGCUAUGAGUAGUUUGGUGGAGAUCUACAGACAUGUGGGUGAGAGGGUGAGGAUGGAUCUCAGCAAGAAAGGCCUGCCUCAAUCACGUUUGAAUGUUAUCUUCAGCAAGUUUGACGAAGUUCAAAGGUCUGGGAACAUGAUCCCAUCAUCCGGCUCAGAUAAAAACUUUGAAGAUGAGGACUCUGUUGAUGGAGGCAGGUCCUCCUCCUCCUCAUCCUCUAAAGCACCUCCUGGUGGCAGGAGAACUGCAAUGACUUCCGCGAGAAGACCCAGUUCUGCAACGACAACGAAGGCCACAGGUAAAGAAGCAGGUGCCGGUGCUGUUGAUGAAGAGGAUUUCAUAAAAGCCUUUGAAGAUGUGCCCUCAGUUCAGAUUUACUCCAACAGGGAGCUGGAGGAUCAGCUGACUAAGAUCAGAGAAGUUUUAUCAGAUGACAAACAUGACUGGGAGCAUCGAGUUGUGGCACUGAAAAAGGUUCGCUCGUUGAUGUUGGCCGGGGCAGCAGAGUAUGAGGGCUUCCCUCAGCAGCUACGUCUACUGGAGGUGCCACUCAAACUGUCAGCUAAAGAUCUCCGCUCCCAGGUGGUCCGUGAGGCCUGCAUCACCCUGGGACAUUUAUCAUCCCUGCUGGGCAACAAGUUUGACCACGGAGCAGAAAAUGUCAUGCCCAUCUUGCUGAACCUUGUGCCCAACAGUGCCAAAGUCAUGGCCACAUCUGGAGUGGCUGCUAUCCGCCUAAUCCUCCGGCAUACACACUACCUACGUCUUAUCCCCAUCAUUACAAGUAACUGCACCUCCAAAUCAGUCGCAGUCAGACGACGCUGUUAUGAGUUUUUAGACCUGAUGCUACAAGAGUGGCACACAAACACACUAGAAAGGCAUGUUGCUGUUCUGACUGAAACCAUCAGGAAAGGCAUUCAUGAUGCUGAUUCUGAAGCCAGAUCAAUUGCUAGGAAAUGUUACUGGGGCUUCCAUGGUCACUAUAGCCGAGAGGCUGAGCAUCUCUUCCAAGCACUGGAGUCCACAUAUCAGAAAGCACUGCAGACUCAUCUGAAGAGCUCUGACAGUAUCAUGUCUCUACCCCAAUCGGAUCGUUCCUCGUCGUCUUCUCAGGAGAGUCUUAACCGACCACUGUCUGUGAAAACUGUCAUUGGAGGCAGCAUAGCAAGGACUAAACUGGUGAGCACCCGGUUACCAAUUAUACCAGGUUCCCUUCAGCGUUCCCGAAGCGACGUCGAUGUAAACGCCGCCUCCAGCGCCAAGUCCAGGGUGUCAACUGUUUCUGCAUCGUCACCAUUCAACUCAGCAGCUGCCCUUCCUCCUGGGUCUUACGCAUCGUUAGAUGGCACGCCUGGUAAAAGUGAUGGUCGUGUUCGUACCAGAAGGCAAAGCUCUGGUAGUGCAAGCGGGUCCUGCACAUCAGUGGUGGAUCGUAGAGGGCGCAGUCGAGCCAAAGUGGUUUCUCAGUCCCAGCGAUCCAGAUCAGCCAAUCCCAUCAGUGCUGGCAGUCGCUCCAGCUCCCCAGGCAAGCUGCUUGGACACAGCAGCCAUGGUCGCAUCCCUCGCGUUGCAGUGUCUGCGUCCAACACGCCAGCUGACAAGCGUAGUAGGAUCCCGCGCAGCCAAGGAUGCAGCCGAGAGACCAGCCCAAGUCGACUUGGCUUAGCCAGCCUUUGUGGUAAAAACACUAUUCUGCCUGCUGCUCUUCCCUACUGCACGCUAGCCCGGAGCCGCAUUCCCCGUCCCAGCAUGAGUCAGGGUUGCAGUCGCGAUACUAGUCGCGAGAGCAGUCGCGACACCAGCCCUGCUCGAGGGUUUACUCCUCUGGCCUCCCGACGUCACUCCCGUUCAACCAGUGCUCUCACAGCUGACCCCCAUGGCCAGUCAGAUCGUUAUGGGUUGAUUCACCAAGCAAGAAUCUCAGCAUCAGUGAAUGCAAUGAGGGUCCUGAACACCGGCACAGAGGUGGAGGCAGCAGUUGCUGAUGCUCUGCUAUUAGGAGACUCCAGGAAUAAGAGAAAGCCAAUGAGGCGGCGGUACGAAUCACCAGGGAUGUACUCUGAUGAUGAUGCCAACAGCGAUGCGUCCAGUGCUUGCUCAGAGCGCUCGUAUGGCUCAAGAAAUGGCGGCAUACCUCAUUAUCUUCGCCAGACUGAGGAUGUGGCAGAGGUCCUGAACCAUUGUGCCAGUUCCAAUUGGUCAGAGCGGAAGGAAGGCCUUCUGGGAUUGCAGAAUCUCCUCAAGGGUCAAAGAAUAUUAAGCCGAGUGGAGCUGAAGAGACUUUGUGAAAUUUUCACAAGAAUGUUUGCAGAUCCACACAGCAAGGUGUUCAGCAUGUUCCUGGAGACCCUUGUGGAUUUCAUCACGGUACACCGAGAGGACCUGCAGGACUGGCUUUUUGUCCUCCUCACACAGUUGCUCAAAAAGAUGGGGGCAGACCUGCUGGGCUCAGUACAGGCCAAAGUCCAAAAGGCCUUGGAUAUCACAAGGGAGUCUUUCCUGUUUGACCAGCAGUUUAAUAUUUUGAUGAGAUUUAUUGUCGAUCAGACACAAACACCAAACCUCAAGGUAAAGGUUGCAAUUUUGAGGUACAUCGAGUCUUUGGCACGGCAAAUGGACCCAACAGACUUUGUCAACUCCAGUGAGACUCGCUUGGCUGUGUCUCGCAUCAUCACCUGGACCACUGAACCCAAAAGUUCUGAUGUCAGGAAGGCUGCCCAGGUGGUGCUGAUUGCCUUGUUUGAGCUCAACACACCAGAGUUCACCAUGCUGCUGGGAGCACUGCCCAAGACGUUCCAGGACGGCGCCACCAAAUUAUUGCACAACCACCUGAAGAACUCAAGUAAUGCCGGUAGCAGCGUGGGGUCUCCAAGUAACACUAUUGGUCGCACACCACCUCGCCACACCCCAAAUAGAACCAGCCCACUCACCUCUCCAACAAACUGCUCACAUGGAGGACUGUCGCCAAGUCGGUUAUUGGGUUGGGGUGUCGACGGACUGUCAAAGCAACCCCCUGCCCCUGCUCCUCUUCCUCCGCCUAACUCCAACCCAGCUGCCCCUUCUUUCAGGGUCCUGCGCAGAGCACACUCACCCAGCAUGAUGGAGUAUGACACUGAGAACAUGAACUCGGAGGACAUUUACAGUUCACUGCGUGGCGUCACAGAGGCCAUCCAGAGCUUCAGCUACCGCAGCCAGGAAGAUCUGAAUGAGUCCAUCAGACGAGAGGGCAAGCGAGAUGACGCGGCUGGGAGAGAUGGAAUAUCAUCAACCCCUGGUUCGGAUGCUCGUCUCGGAUUAGAUGUACUGGAAGUGGGCCGCACUGCCUUGGACAACAAGACCUCAUUGCUCAACACACCGUCACCACGCUCCUUCUCUGGGCCGAGGAGUCGGGAGUUUGCUCCUUACGGCCAUGGAGACACAAUCUGCACCUACGACAAGAGUGCCCUGAAGGAGGCGGUGUUUGACGAUGACGUGGAGCAGUUCCGUGACUGCCCACGUAAGGAAAGCGGUGAAAAUGCGAUGAGACUCACUGUCGGUCAGGACCACUCGGACCUGGUUGCUGACCUGCUUAAGGAACUGUCUAAUCACAACGAGCGCUCCGAGGAACGUAAAGGUGCCCUGGUGGAGCUGCUAAAGAUCACACGAGAUGAUAGCCUGGCUGUGUGGGAUGAACAUUUUAAAACCAUCCUCCUCCUCCUGCUUGAGACGCUAGGGGACAAAGAUCAUACAAUCCGAGCCCUGGCGCUGCGUGUGUUAAAAGAAAUAUUAAGAAAUCAGCCGGCCCGGUUCAAGAAUUAUGCAGAACUAACGAUCAUGAAGACCUUGGAGGCUCACAAAGAUUCUCACAAAGAGGUGGUGCGUGCUGCUGAGGAGGCCGCGUCAACUCUGGCUGGAUCUAUCCAUCCGGAGCAGUGCAUCAAGGUGCUGUGCCCAAUUGUACAGACAGCUGAUUAUCCAAUCAACCUUGCUGCCAUCAAGAUGCAAACUAAAGUGAUUGAACGCAUUGGGAAGGACUCUCUACUACAGCUCCUGGUUGACAUCAUUCCGGGUCUCCUGCAGGGCUAUGACAACACAGAGAGCAGCGUUCGCAAGGCCAGUGUGUUCUGUCUGGUGGCCAUCUACUCUGUCAUUGGUGAGGACCUCAAACCUCACCUGGCACAGCUCACAGGCAGCAAGAUGAAGUUACUGAAUCUGUACAUCAAGCGGGCCCAGACCACGAACAGCAAUAGCAGCAGUUCCUCGGAUGUCUCCUCUCACAGUUAACAGUGGGAUGUUCUGUGUGGAAAGCCUGCACAUGAACGGUGCCGCUUGUUUGAAACUUCACGUACCAAUGUUUGAAAUCACACGGUUUUGCUGCGUCCGUCUCCGGUUUAACUGCAUGCUGCUUUGCGCCACCGCACAACCGUCCGUUGAAAUUCGGAAUGCGACUCCGAGGACAGAUGAGUUUUUGUCACUUUUGGCCACCGCUGAUUGUGUUUAGAUUUCAUUUUAGAUAACAUGUUCAUACACCGUACAAUGAAAUGUACAAAGCAAUUUUUGGUGGCAGAUAAAAUAUUUAAUAAACUGUAUGUUUAAAAAAAACAAAAAAAAAAACAUAAUUCCUGUAUUAUAAUUUUCAAGUACUUUUAAGUUAAUUGGGGCACACAGGUGACUUUUUUAAAUUCUUAUUUUAAGUGAAGGGUGUCUUAGACAUUUUGGAGAAUUGUAGAAAGCAUUUUUCUUCUGGCGAUACCAACUAUCUGAGGCGCACACACACACUCACACACAAAAGUAAUGCUUCUUGACGGGGACUGGCAUGUACAAAAUGUAAACUAUUAGCUUACAAAAACUGUGAAUCUAUUGUGAAAAAGCGACGCUUGUGGUGAUGCAUACACAGUCUUCUCCUGUAUGGAACCCAGCCUCUAAAUCCAGUAAAGUAGUUUGUAAAUACUCUUGUAGGACUCUGCUUUGCAACAUGUAACUUGCCUGUGUCAAUCAUUUGAACGUUAGCCUGCAGCGCCUCAUCUUUGUGCUGCUCUGAAGGUUGUUUUUUUUCCUUUCUUUCUUUCUGGCUGUUCAAGUGCACUUGUAACGUGGUAUUACUCAACACUGCUUCAUUGGUUCAGUUCCGUGUUACAUGGAUGAAGAGGAGGAGCAACUCUUUGGUUGGCUGGCGUCUUUUGAGCAGCUUGUUUUCAUCCUAGAAUCAAUUUAAGGCAGUGGUGUCCACAUUUUUUCCAACAAGGGCCGCAUACAUAAAAUGAAAGGAUGUGGGGGCCAACCCUAAAAACCAAUGGGGCAAAGUUAUAUCCAAUUGAAAGGUGUUUUUUUUAUUAUUAUUAUUAUUUUUUUUAUAUUUAUAAUAUUUAUAAUUGUAGAUGUUUUGCUUAGAUUUUUCAUUUGGAUUUUUAUUUCAAUUACUCUAGAACAGUGCUUCUCAAAUAGUGGGGCAGGCGCGGUUAACUGUGAGGCAGGGAGGAUGUUCAAUAUUAGUGUAGACCUGCCAACAUGUAAGAAUUUGUCGUACUCAGCAUGCAGUUUGACUCUUGAAUACACUUCUUUACGCUUCACUGCUCGCCAUUUUGUUGCGUUUCGCCGGUUUCAGUUUCGAGGUCAGUCUGUACGGUACAGAUGGUGUUUCUCAGUAGCAUUUCAAGGGGGCAAAAACACCAUGCAGUGGGGGCAUGACAGGAAAUAGUUGAGAACCACUGCUGCCGAAUAUCUUUUUUUCCAUCAAAAUUUUUUAUGAAUAUAGUUUAUGGUUAUCCAAAUAAUUUUAUAGCUUUUAAAAAAUGACCAAAUAAUUCCUGGCUUAUGUUAUUAAUUUAUUUAUUUAUUUUGUCUUUUUUUUUUUUUGUCAAUGGCCUUUAUAUUAUUUAUAACAUACAUAGAUUUUUUUAAAAAUUAUUUUUAAGUUGAUUCAAGAUUACUCAGAUAUCCAAAUCGAGACCAAUACUUUUUUCUACACAGCAAACGACUUUUUUCCUCAGAACUCUCUUAAUUCUUCCCCAUUCAGUGUAGCACAAAAUCAUUCUUGGUCAUGUGCUGAUGCAGUUUAAUGUGUUCUUUUCUAUAAUGCAAACUGCAGGCAGCAAUGUUUCCCCGCGCCAGACUUUGGACACCACUGACUUAAAGUGUCAGAAGGUAUGAAAAAGCUUUGGAAUUGUGCUUUCAAGACAACAUCAUUUUGUGCGUAACGGGAUUGUGUGGAACAGAAUCCACUUACUACGUCGGUUGAGCAACAACCUUUAGUGCUGUCACUGCAAGAAUGACUUUUAGUUAGUGAAAAGAUUUUUCCGUACUUGACAUUUGACAGUUUCCUUAAGCGUUCUUCGAAUUACAUCAAUGAAUGUAUGUUACUUUCCUCUACCGCAUGUUAAGUUCUGUCAAAUCGAAUCUGAUUAGUUGACCGGACCUACCAUGUAAUAUUUGCCCUUGUAUUUAUUUGAUUGUCUUUCUGUUUCAUUCACCCAUUCUAAAGUGUACAGAAGGAUGACAUCCAUGGUGGACAUGCAGCAAUGGAAAGAAAUUGGGUAAUAAACAGACUGAUGAUUAUGUGUGUUUAUUCACGUGACGUCGCUCAACUUGCACAGCACCGCAUACAGUAGAUGUUGGCUGUAGAGGACACAUGCACAAAUCCAUUAUUCUUUUAAUCACAAAUAUGGAAAUUCACUAAUCUGGCACAUUUUCCUACAGAUACAAUUAUGAACGAAGCAAACAGCCUGCUACCAAAUAAUGUUGUAAGAGAAUUUUAACUGAAUUUAAACAUUUGUAUGUGCGCACAACACUAAUCUUUAACAUAUCAGUAUGUGGAGUAAAAAUAUGGGAAGGAUCAAGUAAAGAAGUCAAUGUACUAAUAGCCAUUUUAUGAAAGUGUUUACAAAGUAUAAGGCAGAAGAAUGCUGAACCACUGUUAUAACAUCACCCUCGUUUAACAAGCUAUUUUUGAUCAUAUUUCUGUAUAUUCAUUAUACGUUUCCUGUGUUCGUAUUCCUUACGGCAUAAGCAGUCUUUCCAUUAUUACGCAUUUGUAUUAUUUAUUUACGGUUAUAAAACAAUAAUAUGCAAACACGUUAAACACAGGAGUCGCUGAUUGCUGUAAAACGGAGAAGGGGUAGGAUAAUAAUAAAUAUGCUCUGCUUCUUCCUGCUCACGGCUUCAGACAUGUUGAACUGUGCAAGUGCAAACGUGAUGUACUUCAAUGUAACUUUAUUAAGCAUUUUGGAAA